UGGAAGGCAUCAAGAUCUAUAAGUGAUGACAGUAAAUUUGCCAUUAGAGGCAUUUUUGUAUCUCCUGAUUAACACAAAAAGCAUUUUGGGGAAGCAGAGAAACCAGCAUCUGUACUAUUUGUGUGGACCUAAGCUUUACUGGAGGAAAAACCAUGCUAUUCCUCUUAGAGUUAUUCAUACAAGCAAAACUCAAUUCAAAUGGACCAGAAAUAGAACACUGUGGUAUAGUAAAAAUAUCCAUAGCCAUGACUUCCUGUAUUAUAGAGUUUCUAAACUUUUAACUUCUUCUCCCGAGAGACUUAAUAAAGUGAACAAUCAUAUGUCACGAAUAAAGAGUACUCUGGAAUCUGUUUCUAAGGUUGUUUCUGGUACUCACAGUGAACUGGUUUCACGCAUAGCUCGAUUCAAGCCACAUUCUGGCAUUCUUGGAAAAGCUUUUGAAAGUAAUGCUCAUGAAAAUAACCUCAAGGUAAAUCUAGAAAAAAAUAAACAAACAGCCAGGAUUCAGGGAGAUUACAGUGGUAGUCUGGCUGCCAAGAAACCUGUUCAUGUCAAUGAACACUUGGAGUCUGCACUGAUAAGUACGAGUAGUACUAAUCAAGAUAUUUCAAAAGAUUACCUUUUUCAUGUAAGCCACUUCAGUACAAAUUUUGGAGAGACUUACAACUGUUUAGCAAAUCAUAUCAACUUGUACUUUGGCACUAAUAUUGUUAUGGAUCCACAGAAAAAAGGGAAUGCUUUUCCACAGGACUGUAAAACCGAAGAAAGAAAGAAACUUGAUUCAGAAAGUAAGAUGACUAAUGCAAGUAGCACAAGUUCAGCAUCUGCCUUAAUUUCUGCCACAGAGACUCAAGAUGCUGAGAAGACAAAUACAGCUUUUCCAGCUUCACCUAAAAAGAGUAUUGCAAGCUUCCUUUCGUACCCUAGUAACAGUGUACAAGCUUUUGUAGACAGCUAUAUUGGUGGCCUGGUUCCCAAAUUAAGAGCUGAAUCAAAAGCUGCUUCUGAAAUGAAGGGUAAAGUAGAAGAACGUGAGUCUGGGAAAGAUGAAGAGCAAAAUGGCAAAGAGAUUAAAUCUGCAGAAGAGAAAGAAAAACACCUGUCACUUCAGAGAGAAAAGAUUAUUGCAAGAGUUAGUAUUGAUAACAGAACUCGGGCUUUAGUUCAGGCCUUAAGAAGAACCUCCAACCAAAGAGUCUGUAUCAACAGAAUUGAAGAACUGGCUUACCACCUUCUGGAGUUUCCAGAAACCAGAGGAGUUGCAAUUAAGGAACAAAUAAUUCCAUGCUUACUACGUUUGAGACAGGCACAUGAUGAAAAUCUUCAGGCUUCUGUUAGGGAGGCUUUGGCUAUAAUUGGAUAUACCAACCCUGUGAAGGGCCGGGGAAUUCGAGUCCUUGCUAUCGAUGGAGGAGGAACAAGGGGUAUAGUGGCACUUCAGACUCUGCGCAAGUUAGUAGAACUUACUGGAAAGCCUGUCCAUCAUCUUUUUGACUACAUUUGUGGUGUAAGCACAGGAGCUAUAUUGGCAUUUAUGUUGGGGUUGUUCCAUAUCCCACUGGAUGAAUGUGAAGACCUGUAUCACAAAUUAGGAUCAGAUGUUUUUAAGCAGAAUGUCAUUGUUGGGACAGUCAAAAUGGGCUGGAGUCAUGCAUUUUAUGACAGUGAUACCUGGGAAAAAAUGCUCAAAGAGAAAAUGGGGUCAGAUCUUCUGAUCGAAACAGCAAGAAAUCCCAAAUGUCCAAAGGUAGCUGCAGUGAGCACCAUUGUAAGCAGAGGAACGCCACUGAAAGCAUUUGUUUUUAGAAACUACAACCACCUUCCAGGUGUCACAUCUCAUUAUAUUGGAGGAUGUCAGUAUAAAUUAUGGCAGGCUAUUAGAGCAUCAUCUGCUGCACCAGGUUACUUUCAGGAAUGUACACUGGGUAACGACCUUCAUCAGGAUGGAGGUCUGCUUCUGAAUAAUCCUUCUGCUUUAGCUAUCCAUGAGUGCAAGUGUCUUUGGCCAGAUGUUCCGCUGCAGUGUUUAAUUUCAUUGGGUACUGGCCGAUAUGAAAAUGUGGGGAAGAACAAUGUCACAUACACAAGUUUGAAAACCAAACUUUCACAUGUUAUCAGCAGUGCAACUGAUACUGAAGAAGUCCAUGCUAUGCUGGAUGCCCUGUUACCUGCAGACACGUAUUUCAGAUUUAACCCUCUUAUGAAUGAAGACAUACCUCUGGAUGAAAAUCGUAAAGAAAAGCUCAAUCAGUUACAGACCGAUGGAAUUCGAUAUUUAGAACGAAAUGAAGAAAAACUGAAAAAAGCUGCCAAAAUAUUAACACAAGAAAGAACAACUUUGCAGAGGUUCAGUGACUGGCUAAAAUUAAAAACGGAUAUGUAUGAAGACCUUCCAUUUCUUUCCAAAUUGUGAAUAUAUAAUGCUUGAGGGUUAUAAAUGUAAAGCUUGUUUCAGAAAAUCCAUCCACUACUGUAAGGGAUCAGUGCAUAUAGUUAUAUAAUUACAUUGGGAUGACUGUCUGAAAGCAGUUCUCAGGCUGUCUUACACACAUUCUUUGAAUAAGGUUUUAUGAUGUUAAUUAUUUUUUGAGUUUUAGAAACCUUACUAUUUUAUUAUUUUUUGUAAAUUACUGAUGGUUUUUUGGUUGUCUGUAUAGAGUAUUUUAAUUUAAAUUUUGUUAAUUUGUGCCAACUAAGAUUCACAAUUAUGAGAAACAGAUGUUCUAUACAUUUUUGGAAGUGCAUACCAUAAUCAUGUUGACAUUAAAGCCUAACAUAUUUACCAGUUACAGGGCUCUUUCAAAAUUAAAAAAAAAAGGGAUUCCUAAAUAUAUUGUGGGUUCUGCAAUAUACACUUCAAGCUCUUUUACUGCCACCGAAUUUAAUAGCAAAGUAACAAUCUUAUCAAACAUAAAACUUUGGCCAAGAAAAAGCACUUUUGCAUUUGAAAAUGUUAAAAGAAUUCAUUUUUGCAACAUCUUUUUGUGUGUAACAAAAUUAACUUUAUUCCUGUAAAAUGUUUGGGUGAGUAUAACAACGUAUAAAACACUCAAUCUACCAAUAUUUUUCUGUAAUUUUUAAGACAAGCUGUACUGUAACUUUUAUAGGUUCAAUGCCAAAUUAAUAUUCAUCAUUUGAAAAUAAGUCAACGCUUCAUUCAAAUAAGUAUUCCUGUCAUAUAAAGGAAAUAAAUUCUUGAUGUAGCUCACUUG